AUGACUGAUCCAACCUCACCGAGCCCUUAUUCAGAGAACAAGAAAUUCGAACCCAAGGUUCCUGUCGAAUUGGAACCGCCCAAGAACCAAGAGAUCUCGUUGGAGGAGCUGAGUCAAUGCGAUGGGACAAAUCCGGAUAAGCCUACGUGGGUUGCGAUAAAGGGAACUGUCUUCGACGUCUCCAAGAACAAGGCCUAUGGCGAGAAGGGUCAAUAUCAUGUCUUUGCCGGAAAGGAUCCUUCUCGCGCCCUCGCCCUCUCCAGCCUGAAGCCCGAAGAUUGCGUGCCGGAAUGGGACGAUCUGGACGAUAAGUACAAGACGGUUCUCGAUGAGUGGUACACCUUCUUCAGCAAGCGAUAUAACAUCGUGGGCAAGGUCAGUAUAUCCAAGAUACAGAAACUGUGA